UACACCUCACGCACUCACUUCCAUUUUGAUGCAUGGAUGGAUUUCACUUGCGUUCACCACUUUUUGAGUAUGUUUGUGUUGAAGUGUUGAACUUGGAUCAAGGUGGUGGUGGUGUUGGAUGAGUGAACUCUGCUGUCUGAGGCAGCAACAUAAUUGGCCUCUUCCAGCAUAAGAUUUCCGAUGCUGCACAUUUGUCUCUGCCUUUCAUUAGCCUUCUCAUUCGUGGAAGGAGGGCAGUCGGGUUGAAAUGCCUCAGGGCAGCCACAAUGACAUGACUAGGACAGCAACAUGUUGCAGGUGUAUCCGUGCCUUGGAUGCAGGUGCAGGUGCAAGGGCCACUUGCAACUUGUGGCAGGGACUCAUCUAUGGCUUAACAAUAAUGAGGCAGGCGCGGGAGAGAACAGGACGGACUACAGGAGACGUAGGCGGCAAAAAGGGCAGGAAGGAGGGAGAGACCACCUUCGAGACAGUCGAGGCAGCGCAGGAAGCAGUAGCCCGAAGGCAGGAAGGACCGAAGGAGGAGGAGCCACUGGCCAGGACUCAGGACUCAGGACUCAGGAGGGCGGUACGGGAGACAGGAGGCAGGGGGUGGGCCACACCUGCAGCAUCGCACCUGCCCUGCACCUGCCUGCACCUCACUCCUGGCACUCAUACAUUGCAGGAGCGCUGGCCGGUGUCUGGCCCUCCUGCCUCCCGCUGCUCCUGCCUCCCUCUGCUCCCACGCUCCUUCCUGCUCCUGGGCCGGUUGGCUGGUUGGCUCCUGCUCUGUUGUUAUUAUGCCUGGCUGCUGGAUGGCUGGCUGCCACCCUCCUUCAAACCUGACCUUCCUGGCCAGUCUUGCCUGACUACUUCCUCCAAUCAAAGCGGACCGUGUGGGGUCCAGAGCACUGCCUGGGGUGGCACGUCUGAAUGGCCCGAAGUUGGUGGUGUCUCUUGAGUAAAACUAACGCUAAAACACAACCACGGCACAGAGCAGCCAAAAGUUCGAAUCUCUCGUCAUGGAAAUGGAAGAAUAUGAACAAUUCGGUGGUGUACCUACCAGAAAGACCGGCACAGCGAGAGAGGUGAGACCGGCUUUGAC